AGACUUUAGCAUAUAAAACUAGAGUUAGAGUGUGACACUUUCUACACAGAGAAAAAUGAGAUAUACACUGCAAAGUUUAGUGGUCUUCAUCUGCACAAGUGUCAUUUCAAUAAGAUGUGAAUACAUGCUGAGUGUAAACCUAGUCGACUAUACCAACCCAACUGGACUGUGUGCAGAAUGUGAUAGAUCACUCAAUACAAGUAACCCUGAAGAAACUGUACCAGUGUGUUGUGAUGAAUUUCCUUACAAAUCUGGAAACUGUGACAACACAGGAGAGGAGAGAUGUGACACCAGGUUCCGUUGGACCAUCAGACCAUUCGGUACAUCAUUGGAGACUAGACCUAACUCAAAUUACUACUUCACUGAUUGUGCCCUGUCCCCCAGCACUUGCCCACUCAGUGAAAUUAGUACAACCUUCAGUCAAGGUCCAGCAGCAAUCCUCGGGGUAACACCCAAUCCUCUACUUGUCUCAAACCAACAAUUUUUUUGGGUAGGCCGAAUACAGUUCUUCAUAGAAGCUGUGGACAGUGGACUCCCGAACAUAAUAGACAGUCUGUUGAUUAACCUGGACAACCUCCAACUUGGAGCAAACUUCACAGAGGAGAUGACGUUCACUGGAUUCCACAACAUAUCUCACAUGACCAUGAGUUUCAGAGUCGAGUGCUCUCCUGGUUUCUGUGGGCAUGGCUGUUCGACUACACUUCAGAACAAUCCCCUAGUGGCGACAUGCCAAGCUGAUGGCACUAUAACGUGUAACGAUAAACGAUUUAACCCUUCACCUCUAGUAGCCUCUAACGACUGCCUCUACAACGUGGACACAACAAAAAGCUGUUCGACAUGCUUAUUGAAAUUCUACGACCCAGCAACCAACUGCACCCAUUGUCUACCAGGCUGGGACAUCACCUCUGACUGCACUAGUUGUCUACCUGGAGGGGACACAGCAAGACUCUGUCAAACUUGCAUGGAUAGUUUUAACCCUAAUGCCACUGAGUGUGUGGCUAACUAUGAUCUAAGCACUACAUGCUCAUCGUGUCUGCCUGGUAUCAUUGGCGGAGUGGUCGGAGCUGUGUUUACUGUUGUCCUGGCAACGAUUGUGGUGAUUCUACUCCGGAGAAGAGGCAACAACGAUAGUAAAGUCUCAGAAUCUGUCACAUUGGCACUAGGAGAGAGAUCACAAGCCCCAACCCUUGAAAGUGAAGCUAUACCACUACAGCCCAACCCACUGCAUUGUGUCAGUACUAAUGUUGACAACACUGCUGAAUAUGAGAUAGUGGAGAAACCUAUUAAAAUGAAACAGAACCCGGUUUAUGAUGCUACUAUACAGAGUGAUGCUACUACACAGAGUGAUGAUGCUACUACACAGAGUGAUGCUACACAGUCCGAUGUGGUGUACGAAGUAUUCAAUGAUGAACAGACUAGCCAGGUUGAGAAUGAAGGGAUGGAAGUAACUGAGAGUCAACAGUAUGAUUACAUUCAGAUAUGAACUGCUGACUACACAUAGGGAAUGUUAACAAUGUUACCAAACGUUUGUACAGCAAUGAUUUGAGUUAUAUCCAUGUUUAAGGGUUUUUGCAGCCAACGCAUAUGUUUUGGAUUUUCUAUAGGA